UUCUUGUGUUCUUGUGUGUUAGGAUUCUGAAUUCUAUUGCAAGCUUCCAGCAUGAGGAUUCUUUGAUUUGAUCUAAUUUCUCUGUUUGUAUGCCAUGAACCAUAGCCCUUCACAGUACUUUUGAGGAUCCGUGCCUUAGUGUCUUCCAUUUCAAAUCAAUAACAAUAGUGAAGUCCUGAGCAGUUAUCAUGGAAUCUCUGGCACUUCUAUUUUACAGGGUCAAAACUCUAGUUGGGAGUAGGGUUUUUGGUUUUUUACAUUUAUUUUAUUAAUUCAUUUCCUUUUUUAAAAAUACUUUUUACAUCACUGCUUAAUCUAUCCCCUGCAUUACUUGCUUACUUCGUGGGGUGAACAGAGGGAGAGAGAGCCAAGAAAUGUUUAUCCACAUAGGAAACUGCAAAGGUCAGAAGAACGCGCUAUCCUAAAAGAGAACAGCCAUUGUAUUCUAAAACAUGCAGUCUGCUUGGCAGAGAUUUGGAGUUUGUUCCUCAUGUCUGAAAAGGCAGCUAAAUGACUUAAUUAAAUGGCAAAGGAGAUUGAUUCCAGGAUGGAUCAGAUCUAUUUACAGUGAGACAGGGAAGUGGGAAAGAGACUAUGGAUUGGAAACAAGAAAGAAAGUUGAGAAGUGGUGGCUUCCAAGAAUGAAGGAACAGUUUUGCAAAACUUCAGAAACAGAUAAAUCAAGACAAAAGUUUUAUGUGCUUUCAAUGUUCCCAUACCCUUCUGGAAAGCUGCACAUGGGCCAUGUUCGUGUCUAUACCAUCAGUGACACAAUAGCACGGUUCCAGAAAAUGAGAGGGAUGCAGGUGAUAAAUCCAAUGGGAUGGGAUGCAUUUGGGUUACCUGCAGAAAAUGCUGCAAUUGAACAUGGGCUGCACCCAGCAAACUGGACACAAAGGUAUUUUUUAUUUACGUAGGUACUUAUCAAAUUC